CCAUUAAGCUUAAUGCUAACAAUGUUGCCACUUGCGCUAGCGGCAGCAAAAUGUGGCAAAGCACCCAAAUCUGUGCAGAAUGUGCAACUCUGUUGUCCUUUGCCGCUGCCCAACUGGGGUGCCUACAACAGCGAGUGCGCACAAUCAGGCACGCAAGCAAGCUGUCGCCUGGCUUGCAUAUUCAAUGCCGCUGGCGCGUUGCAGGGCAAUCAGCUUAAUCUGCCACGCGUGCGUCCCAUGUUGGAGCGCGCCUUUGGCAAUCAGCAAAUUAUUGAUGCCUAUGAUCUGAGUUUUGCCAGCUGCGGCGCUGUGGUGCGCCAACGUUACUCGCAGCUGGCCAAGCUGAGUAGUCAAAGUGAUGCCUGCGAUCGUCAUGCGCUCUUCUACAGUCUCUGCGCCUACUCCAAGCUAAUGAAACAUUGUCCUUCAGCCAACUGGCAGCGCCAUAAUCAGGACUGUCGCAAAGCGCGCACUUAUGUCACAAACUGUGCCUGGCCAGCGCUUCAAAAGUUUUUCCAGAGCACUUAA